GUGUCUGAGUGCGCCUAAUUGAUUCUAAUUGCAAGUGUAAUUUAAUUAACGCAAUUGCAUAGUUCACCUUGAACUAUCUACUGCUGUCCACUAUACACUGGAGAGAACGGCGCAGUAAAAUAUGAAGCUCUCUGACACAAUGGCUACGCCAAUAGAAGAAAAGCUCGAUCAAAACCUCAAGGUACGCACUGGUAUGGUCCAUGUCAGCGAUGGCAAAAGCAGACCGGAACCACUGCGACUCAACCUCACAAUGGAGCUGCUUUCGCUGCAAAAGUUAGAAAUCGUAACGCCAAGCAGCUGCCAUCCGAAUGGACCGCCCAUGGAAUCAAAGGAACGAAUGGUGCAGAUCACGCGCCAGAAGCAGAGUGGCCUGGGACUGAGCAUAAAAGGUGGAGCCGAGCAUAAGCUGCCCAUAUUAAUAUCGCGGAUCUACAAAGAGCAGGCGGCGGACAUCACGGGUCAGUUAUUUGUGGGCGAUGCCAUCAUCAAGGUGAAUGGCGAAUAUAUCACGGCCUGUCCCCAUGACGAUGCGGUCAAUAUAUUGAGGAACGCCGGGGAUAUUGUCGUCCUCACAGUGAAGCACUAUCGGGCUGCCACGCCUUUUCUGCAGAAGCAAUUAACCAAAGAUACACCUGACUCGGACAACGAUGCCACCUGUGCCGAACUGAAGGCUGACGAGGGCUACAAAUCAUCCGUUAAUAGUGGAACGAUCAGCCGCAGCUGCAGUCGUCCCAUGUCCAUUUGCUCCGAGCCGGAAAAGCGCUGGACUGAUGUGGUGGCAGUGCCCCUGAUGAUGGCCUACGUGACGAGAUACAUUUACGGAACCGACAAGCUGCGACCCAAUGCCUUUGAGGUGCGCGGCCUGAACGGCGUCACCACGGGCGUCAUUCACUGCGAUGAAUUGGCCAUACUCAGUCAAUGGCUCAAGCUGAUCACCGACAAUGUGGUAGGACUGACGCAUCUACAGAUGAAGCUCUACAAUCGAAACUUUGCGGUGGGCGAGCGCAUCGAGUACAUGGGCUGGGUGAACGAGGGAGUCAUCAACAACAAUAUAUCCUGGCAGAGCUACAAGCCCAGAUUUCUAUUGCUCAAAGGCACCGAAGUGAUGCUGUUCGAAACCCCACCAUUGAAUGUGGCUGGAAUCAGUAAGGCUUUGGUGGUCUACAAGGUGUAUCAGACCAUGUUUCGAAUUGUCAAGGAAUCGGAGACUGUGGACAGUCGCCAGCACUGCUUUCUGCUGCAGAGUUCGGGUCACGAGCCUCGCUAUCUGAGCGUGGAGACUCGCCAGGAGUUGCUGCGCAUCGAGAACAGCUGGAAUGCGGCCAUCGUGACCAGUGUUAUCAAACUGGGUCGCAAGACCUUUGCUGUGUCGCAUCAUGGAAAGAGCGGCGGACUCACCCUGGACUGGCAGGCCGGAUUCUCACUCACCGAGGGCGCCGAGUCUGCUGUGGUCUGGCACUACAAGUUCUCCCAACUGAGGGGCUCCAGUGACGAUGGCAAGUCCAAGUUGAAGCUUCACUUUCAGGAUCACGAUAGUCGGGCAAUCGAAACCAAGGAGUUGGAGUGCCAAGUGCUGCAGAGUCUGCUCUUCUGCAUGCAUGCGUUCCUCACAGCCAAAGUGGCCUCAGUGGAUCCCGCAUUCUUGAGCUCAAUUCAGCAGACCUAAGCGCUCGAUCGCGGAACAAAAGAUAAUUCACAUGGAUAUAUAUAUUCGUAAAGUGCAUAGCAAAUGAUUCGAAUAUGAGUGUUGGACUAAGUAUCAUAUACACAAUGUCCGAAUGUCGGAAGGUCGGAAUGUGGGAAUGUACUUCUUAUAAACAAGUACCCGUAAAUGUGUUGAU